UUUUUUUAAUCCACCUGGCACCGCCAACUCCAGGCUCCUCUCAUCCAUUUCACCUAAGAAUGACAAACAUUUAAAAAAUAUAUAAUUAGGCUGUUUCACGGUGUACGACGGUGUCAAACGUCAACAGGUUUAUCAGAACACAAUGUUGUGUUGCCAUCCAGUGGCUUUACCGAGUACAAGGCUCGCCUUGAAUCUACUCUGCAUGUUUGUGAUGAUGUGCUCAUGACGUAGGUGACAGGUCACACAAGGAGAGAGUGGAAACUUAAGCAGGCGUUUUCCUUCACAUGAUGUCUUGAAGACAAACUUGUCAUUGGCAGUUGAGGGAACGACACAAAGCAAAUUAUCCUCACCGCUUAAGUUUGAAAAUGAGGGCCUGGGUGAUUGUGAUCCUCCUGGGGUACAGGUUCUCUCCAGCCGGCACAACGCAGAGGCAGUGUCCCUGCCAAUAUGAGCUACACGCUGUGUGUAGACACGAUCCAGCCACAGUCUCGGUCCCGUGUCCAAAGAUGGCCGGCGAGGAUGUGACAUUUGCGCUUCUAAAGGAUGAGCAAGUGAUUUACAACCAAAAGUGCAAUUACACUAACAACGCGUUGGACUGUGAAUCCAACACCAGCGCUGAUUUGGUGCUACGUGAGGCCAACACAUCCGUCAGCUUUGUCCUUACUGGAGAGACGGCCAGAAAAGGUGGACUCUACAGGUGUGAGGGCAUGGUGACGUUCCCACCUCCCUUCAAAACACAGAUGAGUGCUGUGAGGAUACUGGUGCAUGUGGAGGGUCACCAUUGCAGCACCGGGAAAACCAAAGUGGGCAAUGGAGACCUCAUGAUUUGGAUCCCUGUGCUUGGAAUUCUCUGCAUCUAUAGCAUCAUCAUUACCAUUAUCGCUGUGGUCAACUGGGCCACUGAUCGGCAGGCAGAUUUCCAAAAUGACUACGUUAACACAAAACCCAGUGUCACCAGCCAGCGUAGGAGGGAGCGAGCCUUUAGGAACACUCGACAUCACCACAUUUGAGAACCCAAAUGUCUCCUGAGAUGC